CAACUCCCACAAUGCAUCUCGAUGUGAAUCGAAGUGUGUUUUAAUCUAAAGUGAAGCAGCAGGGCCUCCUCUGGAAACAGUUCAAAUUGAUGUACUGUUCGUCAUGUCAUGCGAGGAAGACUCGUCGCUGCUCUUUCUCAUUGUACAGCAUUUAAAGAUGAAAGGCUUGCUGGUUGCCGCUGAAGUGCUGGAGGAACAUGUGAGCCAGGCAGAGAUGCCCAACACGAGUCUGAAGCUACACGACAUCUACAAAGGGUGGAUGAAGCUGUGCUCAAAUAAGCAGCAUGGCGAGCAGUCUGCUGAUGAAUUUGAUGCGCCUGGCAAAGUUGAACCUGAAGGUGGCGCUGACGAGAGGCCCUCGAAAGACAACAACAUGGAUGUUGAGGCUCCGCUUGCUUCCAAGACAGAAGACGUGGAACGCUCCAACGGAUGCGAGCACAAUGGCUGCCGCUCACUUCCACCCGAACAGGAAGAACAAACGCAACAAGAGCAGCCUGAAGUCGUCAUGGAUCCCCCGUUGGAGUUGAGUGUCAAUCAAACAGAGGUAACGGAAGCAACCAACGAUUGCUCAGGCGACGGAGGCGAUACAGAGGGGCCAGAAAAUGAAAAUGGCUUGAAAGAGCACCAAGAAAUGUUUUCCGCCAGUGAUGUCCCGCCUCUUGCAGACGCCGACAUCAUGACUGAGCCGGACAAAGAGGUCGCCGAGAUGGAGGCCAGUGUCACAGCCCAGUCGGAGCAGGAAGACAACCAGAUGGGGGCGCUGGAGUCUACCGAUGAAGACAAGAUGGCGGCGGAACAACGAGACCACCUGGAUGUCGCCAUCACCCUUAACAUUGAUUCUGGCAAAAGAAACGCUCCUCUUGACGAAGAAGUGGCAACUCCCAAAAAGAAGAAAAAGAAGAAGACAGCUGUUGAGGAUGAUCAGGAGACAGAGCAGGCAAAUCCAGUACAAAACAUGAAGAAAGGCAAGAAAAGGAAGAAUGAGGAAAAGGAUCAUCAAGAGGUGGAGGAUGAUGUGGCUGCACCAGAGGAGAAGAAGAAGAGAAAGAAGAAGAGGAGGAGGAAGAAGGAAGAGGAGGAGGAAGGAGAAGGUUUAGGGACCGAGGAGGUGCCGUGUGAUGAAGGAGUAACAGGAGGCGGCGCAGAGCUGCAAGAAAAGCUGAAGGAACAAGAUAGCACAAGUUCUCAGCUCUCCUCCACCCAGAAGCGACGUCGACGGAGGAGGCUCAGACUGAAGAAACACGCCAGGAUGCAAAAGCAACCAGAUGCAAGCAAGGAGCACCAAACACUGCCGCCUGAACCCCUCAAACGCGACGUGGGUGACGUCACCUUGGAAGAGGGUGCGUGGCACGAGAGGAUGAUGACGACGCAGGAAGAGAUCUCCUCAAAAGAAAACCAGUCUUCCAUCAGCAUCACCAAGAAAGACAAAAAGAAGAAGAAGAUGGCAGCCAGUGAAGAGAAGGUUGACGAUGCUUGCAACUUUUUGGAGGCUGUGAGACAGAAGAAGAAGAAGAGAGCAGCCAAUGAGGAAGCAGUUCAGUAUAUGGGAAACGAUGGGAAUGCCAAAGAUUUAUUGGAGGUGAAGAGAAGGAAGAAGAACAAGAAGAAGGAGGAGGAGGAGGAAGAUGCCAAAAGUCGCGAAACUCCUGUAUGCAGCGACUCAUCCGCCAACAAGAAGAAGAAGAAGAAGAAGGUGAAGGGCAAAACAAUGGAUGAUGAAGACACUUAACUCACGUGUGUCUGAAGAAGACGACGUUGGACCUGAAAAACACACAACAACGCCUAUUGUACUUUAAUCACUCCUGUUGAAAUCUUUAUUUUUUAAAUGCACCACAGUAUUUUGUUUUUCAAUCUAGACCGUCUGACACGUAAACUCUCCAUGUUUUUGUGUUGAAGAAAUUAAUUUCGUUAGCCACUGGCUGAAUGAUCAUUUAUCUUGAUUUUACUCCAAUGUCACAUCUCAAACCACUGCAUUAAAGUAGACGUGAAAAAUUGA